AUGGGCUUCACCACCGGCUUCACCGGCGGUGUGACACUCGUACUCGGCAUAUCCUACCUCAGCCUCCAAGCACACAGGCGCACCCGCGAGCGCCAAGCCGAGACCCUUCGCGCAAAUACCUACAUCCUCAACUCCCUCACCUACAUCCCCGCCACCACGCCACCGCCAAAGACGCUGGCCCAAGAGCUGGCCCUUUUGGAGCAGCAGCAGGAGCUCCUGGCGCGCGCCGACGAGAAGCGCAGGAACCUCUCCGGAAGAAACGAGGGCUUUCUCGACAAGGCCAAGGACAGGUGGAACACGGAGAUCGAGGGCGCCGUGCGGUGGGCCGCCAACAAGGACUGGGUCGCCGCGCGCGAAGACGCAGAGGUCGCGGCCUCGAGGCUGUGGGCGCGUGCGAGCGGCGGCGAGGCACCGUCCCACUCGGCCCAGCGGGCCGGGGCCGCCGUGACCGACAAGGCCGCCGCUGCGACGACCACAGCAAGAGGUGCGGCCACGGAGAAGGCCGUCGAGGCCAAGGAGGCCGCGGCCAGCUUCUGGGAGCGAGGCCUUAACAAGGGCAAGGAGAUUGCCAGCCAGGCCAAGGCGGGCAUUGCGAAGGCUGAGGAGAAGGCGCAGGACGUGGUUAGGGGCGCGGCGAAGAAGACUGGCGAGAGCGACAUCGAGAAGGUGCUGCAACAGCGGUAUGAACGGAAACCGGACGAGUCGCUGAGCAAGAGCCCCGAGCAGCUGCUCGAGGAGAGGUACCGACCCAUGGUGGAGCAGGACAACACCAAGUUGAGAGGUGUUUAG